CGCAGGUAUUAGCUUCCUUUUUAGCCUGCUAGCGCGCCAGCCCACCACCCCACCGCCCUACCUACUAUCGCUGGUAGCUUAGGGUUAGUAGCGCCACUGCCCCCGAUAUCUGCACGCCCCCGUCGCCGAUGGCCCACCUGCAAAUGGCGGGUCUCAGCCAUGACACUGCUCUAGUGCCAUACUAGAGUCUAUAGAGAUUUAUUCAAAACCCAAAACCUCAAAACAGCCCUGGGUGACUGGGUCUAAGUCUUGAAGAUCCAGGAAGUGUCCCCACUCUGCCUGUCCCCUUCGUGUCAGUGCCGUUGGAUAAGUCUUUUAUACACGGCAUGCUUCUAUGCUUCGAUGCUUCGCUACAAACAAAUCUCGACUCGACUCCUCCACCACUAGCCGACAGACAAAUUACAAGAUAUAGUCGGACAAACAUCACCACUACCAUACCACUACCAUACCACUCUGAUUCUCAGCUGUCAUCUGUUCCACCUCCAAUUGCACAAAUAUAGCAUCCCCAUCCCCUCCCCAUCUCCUCUCCAGCACAUCACUGCGGAUUCAGAAUCAGAACCAGAAACUCAACCUGAACCUCAACCUCGACCUGCAGCACAAAUCACUCUCUCGUACUACUACCGAUACCACUAGUACCAGCUGCCCCAAUCCCCAAUUCCCAAUCUCCAGACCCCCUCAUCAUCAAUCCACCCACCGGACCACUAGACCGGCACAUCCUCCCCUACCCCAUCCCCUCGUCCUGCCCACCAGCACUCACUCCACCCACUUCAACCCGACGAGACCCCAAUUCUCCGCAAGCGACGUGGUGCGUGUGAAGAAAGGGUGGAUUCCAUAACCUCUCCCAAGAUCCAGACCAUGAUUCAUGAAUCCUACAACAUGCCUACAGCAGCAGUAAUCGACACCAUGUCCGCGCGAAGCUCAAUCAGUCCAACUGCAAUGGAAGAAGAGGAGCCGCGGAAGAAAGGUUAGUGGAGCAACUCCAGAUUCAGGUCGACAUUUCACGAGAGCAUCAAGUUGCCUAGAAAAAGUAGAGAGAGCUAAUCCAAAAAUGUAGGCGCCCGAGGAGGCAAGCGAUCCGUCUCGCACCUCAGUAAAGCCCAGCUGGCCCGCAAACGUGCCAAUGAUCGCGAGGCUCAACGAAACAUUCGUCAGCGAACCAAAGAACAUAUUGAAAACUUGGAGAAGAAAGUCAAAGAGUUGGAGGCAGGCCAUCGUGCCAGUAGCAUGGAGCGCGUGUUGAAGAGGAACAAGGAACUAGAAAGAGAGGUGGCCCAUCUUCAGGCUCAGGUGGCCGCGAAAUCAUCUUCUGCUCGAGGCUCGAUUGGCCCCGAGGAUGCUUUGGGAUUGGCACGUCCAGGGGAAUGGAUUCAAGAGACGCCAAUGUCGACCGUUUGGCAAGCACAUACCCUCGUCACCUCGAGCCCUCAGCAACAUGGCUUUCCAGCCACCAAUUCCAAUCUGUUUGAAAACGAAGAAGUACUAACACCAACAUCAAAUGGUAUUCAAAAUGCGAACCCCGUCUGGGAGGACCCCACGGUCUUUGGCAACACUUCCCAAGCACUUGCACAACCAACACCGGCCUGGGCACCCUUCCACCCCGCUUUCAACCAACCCUCUCGAUUUGCAGACCUUCAGCCUUCAGGCUUCACGGAAAUCGUCAAUCAACCCACCUAUCAAAAUACCACGUGCUGGCAAUCACAACCAUCUGUAUAUGCGUGGCAGAUAUCGACAAAACUAAAGGCACCAGUUACAUUGGUCGAUCAACUGAUGUUUAGCGUUAUUCACUCACAACGUCACCUCGCUCUGCAUUCCGAAGCUACUGGGGAUGACCUCCUUGGCCCUUCCUUUCCCCCGGUGCAUAUUAUUUUCAACCACCAAGCCCCAAUCACUUCUUCCAAGCCGCCAUCCAACAUUACCGAAGUCAUGAGCCGCUAUUCCGAAGUAUUGUCCAAGCGCGGCUUUGCCCUGAUACCCGAGAAACUCGCUUCGUUUAUGUGCAUGUACCGAUUCGUUCAAUGGCAGAUUUCACCCACUUACCAAACUUACCAAAAAUUACAUGAUUGGCAAGCACCACGACCUGCGCAACUCGCUAUUCCUCAUCCAGCUUGGAUGGAUCUUCCUCCAUGGGGAAAGGUCCGUGAAAUGAUGAUUGAGAACCAAGAGCGAUACGACAAUCCCGAAUUUCAAAACGAUUAUGCUUCCAAUCUAUCUGUCAACUUCCCACACGACCCCAUGAAGGCGCUCAUAUUUGAAGAUGGUCAAAUUAUGGUCAGUCCUUUGAUGGAAAGACAUCUCAGUGACAUCAAUAACAUGAGCAUGAAGAAGCCUUUCGCUGACAAAUAUCCGGAAUUUCGCGAUGCUUGUCGAUUUGAGGAGGUAUAAAUUCACAAGGCGCCAUGACGAAUUUCAUUUUUUUCCGCGACUCCGGAUCCAAAAUAAAGAAUGAAUUGUUGUAUUUUUGUUUGUAUUCAUUGGGUGGUGUGGGGCUGGAGUAUCAAUGGAGGCGGUAUCUUGUUUUGUAUAAUGUCUUUUUUUCCCAAUCGCGACUUUCUUUGUUUUCCAAUUUCCAUUUGCAUGGUGGAGUAUUUUUUUGAGAAUAGACAUUUUCAGGUGUCGGUCUACUGAGACAAUAUUCCCCCUUGCAUCAAUAUUCGGGCGCUGGUUUUUUCUCGAUGUUAUAUAUUUUGGAGAUAUCCCCGGGCGCUAGGUGAACUUUUUACUUUUGAGGAGAUGGAAAAUUUUACAUUUUUGUUUAAUCUUGCGUACUUGCGUACUUGGUCGUUCACUUUUCUAUAUCACUCCAUAUCUCCGGAUGGAUGUGAAAUGAGAUGAGAUGAGAUGAGAAACAGCUUUUCCAUUAGCGAGCGUUAGGUUUCUAGUUUUAUUAGCUAGGUAGUUUUGAAUGGACUUGUUAUAGUA